GUGAUAUCCAUACCUGAGUGCUGGGUUUGGUUUGAGGGUCUCAGCUCCUGGUCCUUCUCAAGCUGCAUUAAAGCUGAAGUUUUAGAUGAAAAGUUUGCUACAGACAGAAACUUGACUGACGUGGCCCUCUACAAGGAGAGGAGAAAAUAAAACAAUGGCUUUCCUUGACUGGAAACUAUGUACCAUGAAACUUCUCUGUGUUGCACUUGCUUUUGGUUUGGCUUGCCAUCUGGUUACUGCUACAUUGUCAAAGAUGGAUGCCAAGAAAAGUGCUUCAAAAGCGCUGGAGGAAAAGACAGUGCAUUCAGACAAAACAGUACAGGACCGGGGUCUGGUAACAACUGAUCUGAAGGCGAAAGAUAUUAUAUUGGAACACAAAAGUUACUGUGCCAAGAAAGUAAAGGAGAGACACUUCUCAGGAGAUGUUCUGGGAUAUAUCACCCCUUGGAACAGCCAUGGAUAUGACAUUGCUAAAACGUUUGGAAACAAGUUUACAUCCAUCUCGCCAGUCUGGCUCCAAGUGAAAAGAAAGGGCAAGGAACGGUUCCAGUUCAGUGGGCUUCAUGAUGCUGACCAAGGCUGGAUAAAGGAUGUCAGAAAAAACGCUAAAAACAUCAAAAUAGUUCCUCGAAUCUUAUUUGAUGGCUGGUCUUACCAUGACUUUGAAAGUGUUUUUGGCAGUGAAGAUGAGAUAGAAGAGCUCUCCCAGGUCAUGGUUCAGCUAGCUAAGGAUGAAAACUUUGAUGGCUUUGUAGUUGAAGUCUGGAGUCAGCUGGGAAAUCAAAAGCAAAAGGAGCUGAUUCAUCUACUCACUCACCUCUCUGAAGCAAUGCAUAAGGCACGACUUAAGCUAACACUGGUCAUUCCCCCUGCUGUCUCACCAGGGUGA